AUGAGUUGAAGUUGAUCGGUACCGGAAUUGCGCCAAGUCACGUCCGGUUGGAAGAAUAACUUAGUUGACUUUCCUGUAGCUUGCUGGACAUGAUCUAUAGUCAAAAACCACCUACCUCUAGCUUGUUACGGCGGUGACCAUCAGAUCUUCACUCCGAGAAGUUCUUGGAUGACAUGGUUCGACGAAGUCAAUGAGGUAUUAAAUAUACGUACCUUAAGGGAUCCCGAGACUGUGUGGUUCCUAAGAUUUUCGCCGCGCUAAGUUCAACAAACUCAUUACCAUUCGAAAAACAGCAACCGCAAGUCACUUCCCGAACGCGUCCCUUCUUUUCAACCGUCUAUGCUAACUAGCCGAGAUCUGUUGACACCGAUAUGCAAUACCUCGCGUGACAUCUCACUCUAGAACACCAAAACAAGCCCAGUUGCACUUCAACCGGCGUUCGCGACGAACCGUUCCAGGAUGAACCUCACCCUGCUCGACCAAAACUUCACCGCCAACGCGUCCUUCGACUGCGACGCGUCCUCGAUCGUCCCCGAGGGGAUCGCCUCGCUGCGCUUCCAGGUCCUGAUCUGCCUGGCGUACACCACCAUCUUCCUGGUGUCGAUCGUCGGCAAUACGGCGGUCUUCCUGGUGGUGCACCUGCAGCCGCGCAUGAACACCGUCACGAACCUGCUGAUCGCAAACCUCGCCACCGGCGACAUCCUCAUGACCAUCUUCUGCAUUCCGUUCUCGUUCAUCUCGAUCUUCGUGCUGCAGUACUGGCCGUUCGGCGCGCUGAUCUGCCGCAUCGUCAACUACUCGCAGGCGAUUUCGGUGCUGAUCUCCGCGUACACGAUGAUCGCGAUCAGCGCCGAUCGGUACCUGGCGAUCAUGUGGCCGCUGAAGCCGCGGCUCACCAAGCGGACCACCAAGAUCUUGAUCGCGCUCGUUUGGAGCGGUGCCCUGCUGACCGCAGCCCCGAUCCCGCUGUUCUCAUCCCUAGUUCAACCGAUCGAGUACUACGACCAGUGUGACCUGUCGAUCUGCACCGAGGUGUGGCCCGAUCCGGACUCCGACCACAGCUACUCCGUCACCCUGAUGACGCUCCAGUUCGUCCUGCCCCUCGUGGUCCUCAUCUUCACCUACGUCCGAAUUGCGCUCAAGGUUUGGGCGAAGGCCCCACCCGGCGAGUCCGUCAAGCAGCGCGACCUCCGCCUCCUGCAGUCCAAACGCAAGAUGAUCAAGAUGAUGAUCACCGUCGUGGCGGUCUUCACCGGCUGCUGGCUGCCGUUCAACGUGUUCAUGCUGGUCCCCCACCUGGAUCCGGAGUGGCCCCCACUACCCUACCUGUGGUUCCUGUUUCACUGGCUCGCGAUGUCCCACAGCUGCUACAACCCGAUCAUCUACUGCUACAUGAACGAAAAGUUCCGGCAGGGAUUCAGAUUGUUGGUUCGGACGGGGAAGGCGAGGCUGGGUGCGGUGGUGGGGGGAGGUGCAAGGUUGAGGGACAACCGGAAGCGAAGUGAUGUUAGCACCAGCACCGAGUUGAGUCAUCUGUACCCGAGCACGAUGAUAAGUACGAUCGGGGGGAGUCGGGAGUGGGGCGGUAAGGCGUGGGUGUGAAAAGUGACAGUUACUUGGAUGAAAACAGGUUUUUGGCGAAGAACGCGUUGUUUUGAUUUUGA